CUACUUUGUGUGCGCGGUGUCCCACAACCGAAGCCAUUAAUGGAGGCCAUUGCAUAUCCCCAAACCCCUCUCUUCUCCUUCUCAACGGAGCACGAUGAAUCAAUCUCUGAUGAUCCAGUGGGGUGCACGGAUCCAACGGUGCAUACGUACCUCGGUGAGGAACACCCACACGCAAAUUGGCUUUUCCAAGGGCCCGUUUUAUCCCUCGAAGAGAACUUAGUAGCAAUUCAAGAAGAGCUCAUGGAAGAGAACAGCUCGAGUGAUCUGCUCUUAGCCGCAGCCGACGCGGUCGAGUCUGCCGACUCCGACCGGGCCCGGUCGGUGCUCGACCGCCUCGACCGGCUCCUCCUCGCCCAAUCCGGUUCGACCGGCUCGUUCGACCGGUUGGCCCAUUACUUCGCCCGUGGCCUGCGGUCCAGGACGGCCCAUCACGGCCCACGGAAUGAGUCCAAAUUGGGCCGCUCGGACUCAGUCCAUAACAUGUCGGCCCAUCAAAUGGUCCAGGAGCUCUCGCCGUACGUGAAGUUCGCGCACUUCGCGGCCAACCAGGCCAUUCUCGAGGCCACCGACGGUGACGACGACGUCCACGUCAUCGACUUCGAUGUCAUGGAAGGGAUCCAAUGGCCGCCGUUAAUGGCGGACCUCGUGGGUCGGGGCCCGGCCAGCUCGCUUCGCAUCACCGCCGUCGUGAAGGACGGCGACGCGGUGGACUCGGUCCACCGGACCGGUCGUCGGCUUUCAGAGUUCGCCGAAUCCAUCGGUUUAAUGCUCCACUUUGAUUGGAUUUCAAUGAACGAUGGAGGAGAUAUUGAGAGAAUUGAACUGAACAGUAAAAGAACGUUAAUAGUUAGUUGCAUGAUGCACCAAGUGCAAUGCCCGAGUAGGAGCUACAGAUCUCUCAAAAGCUUUCUUCUUGGAGUAAAAAAGUUGAGUCCCAGAUUGGUAGUGUUAGUAGAGGAUGAGUUGUUCAGAUGUAGUAAGAGCGCGUUCGACUCAUUUUCGGGGUUCUUUUGCGAGGCACUGCACCAUUUCUCUACUACUGCUGACUCACUCGGAAGCAGCUUCUGCGGGGGCUACAAGAUGGGCCUGAGGAUUGUUGAGAGGGACAUGUUGGGGCCCAAAAUAGAGGAUUGUGUGGGCCGGGUUGAAUAUGGGCCUGGAGAGAAGUGGGCUUUGGGUGAGGGGCUGCAUGGAUUCGAGGGUUUUAGGCCUAUUCCUGUGAGCGGUUGUAAUGUUUCUCAAGCUAAGUUUCUGGUGGGGUUAUUUAAUAGAGGGUAUGGGGUGAAGCAUGAGAUGGGUAGGUUGGCUUUGUGCUGGAAAUCGAGGCCUCUGACCACAGUGUCAGUUUGGGUCCCUGCAUGAUGCCUAGGGUUUGGGUUCGAAUUAAUCCUCACCGUUCUUUUCUCGCAUCGAACGCCCCGGAUGCAGGAGCAAUUGCAUGAUUUGAGUUAGAAGCAGUAAUUCAUAUAUAUCGGGUCGCUUUGCUUCCGAACUUUGUAUCUAAGCUUUUGUACUAGAAAUUAGUCAAUGUAUUCCCCUUUGAUUCUCUACUGUAAA